AGUAGAUCGAUGCAUAUUAUACUUUUGAAGAACAAAACUACACCUGCUGACCCAUAUGAAGAAAUAAUACAAACUCAGGGACAUAGUCCACAUUUCAUACCGUUGUUAAGACACACUCACUUGGAUAAAGAUAAGAUUGUUGAGUACUUGACAGAUGUGGAUUUUCUUGGUUGUGACGCAUUCAUUAUUACAAGUCAACGAGCUGUAGAAUGUUUCAAUGAAUGUAUGGGUAUGAUAAAAGAUAAUGAGAUAGCCAGUCGUAUAUUUUCCAAGCUGGGAUACACAGUAGGACCUGCCACGGCUGAAAUAUUGGGACAAUCUGGAUUUAAAGACGUUCGCGGAGGUAAAAAUGCUGGAAAUGGUUCAAUAUUGGCCGAUAUAAUAAUGCAAGAAAUGCUGCCCAAUAAGAAAGUGAUUUUCUUCACGGGAGAAAUUCGUAAAGAUAUUAUACCAAGAAAGUUGAUUAAGGCUGGGUUUGACUUGAAAGAGCGAGUAUUAUAUCGUACAGAGGCUAGAAAUGAUAUUGUUGUCAAUUUUCAAGAAACCUGUGACAUUGUGGCCAAGACACCCUCUUGGUUGGUGUUCUUUAGUCCACAAGGUACGGAAAGUAUUGUAGAAUACUUGGUUAAUAGUGACAAUCACGGAUUCAAAAUUGCUUCAAUUGGACCGACAACAGAAGAAUAUUUAGAAGAAAAGGGAAUAAAGCCACUGGUUGUAGCCCCAAAGCCAGACUCUAAAAGUUUAUUGGAAUCUAUAUUGGGUGUCAGCGAAUUAAUAUAA